GUUGGGUCUGUGCAAAUUGCAAAACGUCAAAUACACCUGGAUGGAGAGCGGGCGAAUCUCCAGACCAAAAGCUUUGUAACGCAUGCGGUCUUUAUUUUGCUAAGUAUAAAGCACAUCGCCCUGAACAUCUUUGGAAUAACUUACGAAAUAAGACUGCAUAA